CAAAUGAGAGAAAAAAAGAAAAAAAAUAGAACGGGAAGAACCAAAACUCCUGCCUUUCCUCUCCUCUCUCUCUCUCUCUCUCUCUCUCUCUUCCCCUUCGCCCUCUAGAUUGGAUCCUCUCCUCUCGAUUCGCCCGAUUUUAAAUCGAUAUCUGGAUCGAAUCCGUAGAAUUAUAGUCUUCCCCUUCGAUCCAGCUUCAACUUGGACCUUUUUUGGCCUUUUUUGGUGCAGAAACGAGGAAAUAAAGCACGAGCAUCGGCCGGCAGUCCUUGGAAUUCUUGGCCUCCGUGGACGUCCCGGCGCUUUAGAUGAUGUAUUUCACCCUCAUCGGUCUUUUAUUUCUUGAUCUCCCCCCGAUCUGACCCUAAAAGAUGGAUCUUUAACCCUCUCCCCUUUCCCUGAUUUUGAUCAUGCUUUUGUGGGGUUUGGAGGGGAAGGGAGGACUGGGUUGGGAUGGUUGGUGCAGUUUUGAUGUUAAAGAUGGGAUUUUUUUUUUCUCAUCUGGGUUAGUUUUUUGAUGAGGCCUUUUGGGGUCUGGAGUCGGAAUUCACUGGGUCCUUUUCUGGUUUUCAUGGUUCUGGAUCUAUUUGGUUUUGGUUUUGGAGAGGUUUGUGAAAAGAUUCGAUCUUCUUCAUGGGGAUCUGACCUCUUGCAGUUGUUUUGAUUGAUACUUUUUUUUUGAAAUAUUGUGUUUAUGGUGUAUCUUUCCUUGGAAUCUUGAAUUGGAUUGCGUUUUGGAUUUGUGAGUCAGCGUUGAUGGAUAAUCAUCAGAUGGAUUAAGAAAAGUAUUCUUUUUGAAGUGGAAUGCUUUGCUUUAUAGCUGUCCUUUGAUCAUUUGAGAAUAUGCUUCCUUUAGGAAGUAGCGCUGUUUAUCUAUAAUCUGUUUUCCCUGUUCUGUUGGGUGUCUGUUAUUCGUUAUCUGUUGUAUAUCAAAAUUUAACUCUAUGGUUGGGUGCAAUAACUAUUGUUUUUCUCUCGGUCUGUCUAUAGAUUGCUUUUGCACAAUGGUUUCAGAAAUGGCUCUCUUUCUUUCAUUUCUUUUGAGACAUGGGUUUGUUGUUCAUUUUCAAACAUUUUUCUGUCAAAUAAAUGAGUUGUUUUUCUUUUAGAUUGUGAGAUUAUGUUACAAUCAUUCAUCUGGCAUUAGUUAGAUAGUUUUGUUCAUGUAAUUUUGUUAUUUCUCUUGAUUCAUGGUUUUCGACUCUUGAAAGAAGAUCAUCUCUAGUCUGGGUGGUCUGGAUUUAUAGUAGUGUCAAUAUAUGGUAGAACUGCAGAAACCCUUCGUAUUAUCUGAUAGCUCUCCUCUCUGUUUAUGUUAAGCUUUUUGUGGUCUAUAGCUGGAUUCUUGUUGCAUAUGAUGAAAAAUUGUUACUUUGGCCCCAUUUAAUUUGUAUAGGUUUGAGUAUCCAAACCUAUGGAGUUGAUUUGUGCAUUGAGAAUCCUCAUCAGAAGACACAAUAGCCAAUAAUACUUGGACACCCUUUCCUGCUUGAGCUUGGGGCACUGCGAGUUUGGGCAGUGCCCAAUGGACACCACCACCAGUGGAGCCACUCCUUCCAUAACCUUCCAUACUAUCGUAGACCAGCCUCUCUCUCUUGUCUCUCCAUUGCAGCAAACCUUCCAACGUGUGCAGCGCCACUGCUUUGGUGACUCCAUCCCAGGGGAAUUCCCCUUGGCGGCAAACCCCUCCAUCGUCCUCCAUGUCCUCACUGCUUGCAAUUUGGAUCCCCAGGAUCUUGCUAAUCUGGAGGCAAGUAGUGUUUUUUUUCAUUCUCUUGUUGUUGGAAUUGAUAAUGCCGCUGAUGGGUCUCGUGUCGUGCCAGGCAACAUGUACAUUUUCAGGAAGCCUGCCAAUUUCGCUCCUGACUUUGAAUUGCCUAUAUCGGAGCUCGCAGCAUUGGACCUGUGCCAGAAAAGGGCCAUAUUUAAGCCUUUGAAAAAUGAGGAACGAGAAUAUCUUAAGCAAUGCUGUGGGGGCUCCUGGAAGUUAGUUCUGAGGUACUUACUGGCAGGUGAGGCAUGUUGCCGGAGAGAGAGGUCUCAGGCGAUCGCUGGGCCUGGCCACAGCAUUGCCGUGACUUCAAGCGGAGCAGUCUACUCCUUUGGAUCCAACAACUCUGGGCAACUUGGCCAUGGCACAUUAGAAGAGGAGUGGAGGCCACGUCUUAUCAGAUCGCUGCAAGGCAUUCGAAUCAUACAAGCAGCAGCAGGAGCUGGACGGACAAUGCUGAUAAGUGAUGCUGGACAGGUUUAUGCAUUUGGCAAGGACUCCUUUGGUGAAGCAGAGUAUGGAGUUCAAGGGUCGAAGGUUGUUACAACACCGCAGAUAGUAGAAUCAUUGAAGGGCAUAUAUAUUGUUCAAGCAGCAAUAGGGAACUUCUUCACUGCGGUCCUAUCUCGAGAGGGAAGGGUUUACACGUUCUCUUGGGGUAAUGAGACAAAACUAGGUCACCAGACAGAACCAAAUGACCAUGAGCCCCAUCUUCUUUCAGGCCCUCUUGAAAACAUUCCAGUGGUGCAGAUUGCUGCUGGCUACUGUUACCUUUUAGCAUUGGCAUGUCAACCGAGCGGCAUGUCUGUGUACUCUGUUGGCUGUGGUUUAGGAGGGAAGCUUGGGCAUGGAUCUAGGACUGACGAAAAGUACCCAAAGUUGAUUGAGCAAUUUCAGACUUUGAACCUGCAACCUAUGGUGGUUGCAGCAGGUGCCUGGCAUGCUGCUGUUGUGGGACGGGAUGGACGGGUAUGCACCUGGGGAUGGGGGCGUUAUGGCUGCUUGGGCCAUGGGAAUGAGGAGUGUGAGUGUCCCAAGGUGGUGGAAGCCUUGAGCAACGUCAAAGCUGUCCAUGUCGCAACCGGCGAUUACACCACCUUCGUGGUUGCUGAAAGGGAUGUCUACUCAUUCGGCUGUGGAGAAUCCUCAAGCCUGGGACACUCCACCGGGGCUGAUGGACAGGCCAACAGACAUACAAAUGUUCUCAGCCCAGAGUUGGUCACCUCGCUAAAGAAGAUCAAUGAGAGGGUAGUGCAGAUUAGUCUCACAAACUCGAUAUAUUGGAACGCGCAUACUUUUGCUCUUACAGACUCUGGAAAACUGUAUGCAUUUGGAGCUGCAGACAAGGGACAGCUUGGCAUCGAACUUGUUGGACAGCAGAAUGAGAGAGGAUCUCCAGAGCGCGUCGACAUCGAUCUUAGUUAGUUCCCGUUUGUUUAUUCUAAAAGGCUUCUUUCGAUUUCAUUCGGCACCAUGGCUCAUCUCUGUCCCCUCAUACUGGUGCCAAUAACCAUGAUCGUGAUCACCAUGAUGACUCAUCAAAAGCAUCUCAUGUUCAUAUGCCACGACGAUUUAAAAUUCUUGUCUAUAUGUAAAUAUGAAAAAAACCAUGUUCAAUGCAUGAUCGAGCUAGAAGCAGGGCCCAGGUGAAGCACUGGGAUCUCUUGAACAUUUAUAGCUGGCAUGCAGUUGAUAGGUUUUAAAUUCAAAGUGUGCAAAUUAAUUCAAUGUCUUCAUGCCCUUGCUGGAAGAA